GGGCUUUUCCUUUAAAAUGAAUGUAGAAAUGGCAGAGAGGUUUGAAGAUAUAACAAAGGAGAGAUUACAGAAUUUGAAGCUUCAAUCUUGUUGGCAAUUAGCACGAAGCUUGGGCAUAAAAUACGACAGGCAUUUCACUGCCCAGACAGUCAGAUGUAUGAUACAGAAUGUCCUUUUUCCAGAUGAGCAGGAUCCAGAGACUGAGAAUGGAGGAGCAGAUAUUCCUUCCUUUUUGAAUUCUUUACUACAGACACCCGAGGCCGAAACUACGACGCUAACAACCCCUACUGGAGACGACGGACAUGACCUUCCCGAUACUCGGAAACGCUACGCUGCUACAACGACUCCAAUUCCAUCUCCAAGGACUAUAUGGGGAACAGAACUCCAUCAGGCUAAAGAAACGGUUCCAGGCCUCGUCUAGCAGACCGUCUAAUAGAUGACUUUACCACGACAGAGCUUCAGAAGAAAAGGUCCGAGUAGCUAUGGAACCCUACUUUUCCCAGGGGAAGUUCGGACUCUGUAAAGAGAGGUUAGUAAAUAUCACGACCUUUCGAGAUACUGGCAGCUAUCUCUCUUUAUUAAGAUCGAACCUGGUAAAGUUACCUACUAGUAAUGAAUCCCGGCUAGACGUAU